CCGUUAAUUUGAUCUCUUUAAUCUCUUCAUUAUUAUUAUAAAUAGCCCUCCUCAAUUAACAACCUUCCUCGAUCGGCCGUUAACAUUUCAUAUUCCACUCCUUUCAACUCUUUCCCUCUCUACCUCCUUGAUUACCUAGCCUCAUCGAUCAUGGCCUCCCUCAAGAGCGAUACGGAUAAGUUAUCAGCGGAAGAGACAGCCGGUGAAGAUUUUUCUGUUUCAGCUACAGAACCGGAAAGCACAGAGAAGGCGGCAGCAGACUCUGUGGUUUCUCCAGAUCAUGAAGACGAAGUAAAAGAAAAAGAAGAGGGUGCUUUAGGAGGCGAGGAAGACGAGCCACUAGAUCAAGUACUGCCAACCGACGAGGAAUUUUCCAUCCCCCCAGCUUCUACUCCUGCUUUCGGUGACGAUGAAGAAGCAGACCCUGGGGCCACUGACGACGACGACGACAAUGAUGAUGUUGAAUAAUAUAUAUAGCUGCCUCAACAAGGGGAUCGAUUGAUGCAUCGAGCAAUUAGUAUACGUAUGUAUAGCAGCCCGCAUGGCAUGCUGCAAGGUUGUGGUGGCAUCAAUAUAUAUAUAUAUAUAUAUAUAGACACACUAAUAAGUAAGGAAGGUGUUCGAUGUUUGUGGGGUUUCUUUUUCAUGAUGUGCUGGGCUUUUCUUUGUUAUUAAGGGGCAUUAUAUAUAUAUAUUCUGUGAUAUUAUUCA